CUGCGACAGCGUCAUGGUCAAGGGUGCGCAGAUAGAGAAGCAUUCGACGACAGCAGGGAUAGCCUUGUAUGCUUCGACAAAGCUUCGUUCUUAUCUGACCAGCCUGACAGCCAUUUAGCAUUCCUUGCUGCGUUCCUGGAAACACAGAUGUUUACCUCAUUGAUUGAUGCGAAGAUUCUCUCGCAAUGGGAAGCUCCUGAUGAGAAUCUUGUUCUUUUUGAUUCUCGUAUAGCAGCUAUGCGUGAGAAACUUGGACUUUCUAUGGUUCGUACGCCUACGUACGAGUCGACGCCUCCAUUUGCUCACACAGAGGAGUUGAUCUCCAAACGGGAGGAGACGCUGGACUACGUAGUGCCAGGUCCUCAUGAACUGGCAGGAGCUGUACCUAUGAGAUAUGACGGUGUUUGGCCAGAACAGAUCAACACGGCUUUACUCGAAGGCGCCAUGGGACUCAGUCCAGCGCCUAGCCCGUGGAAACAGCGUUAUCCUCGGUUGAGGCCCAAACAACAAGAGGCAGCGGGAGCAACUGGACGCCCAAGUAGCACAUAUGGUGGGGCUGGCUUAGUCGGCGAUUCACCGGCUUUGGUGGCCCAACAACAGCUAAAGUUCGUGGACCAGUUGUUGCGUGAAACGAAAGGGAAGACAAAGCGCAUGCUCGUCGACAAAAUGGGAAAGGAAGCCGUGCAGCUGGGUCACCUAGAUGCUGGUAUAACAGGUGUUGAGGAAAAUACCCUAGUUGCAUCGUUCUGUGACCUACUGGAGAGGAUUUGGGCACACGGCUUGGUGAAGAAACAGGGAAAAGUCUUCGCUCUGGAGUUUUGUUCUACAACAUCAAGAUCUGGAGAAGGCCUGUCUGUCAACACGAACCAUGUCAUCUUCCAUGCUUACUCCAGAAUAAGCCUCGCAGCCUUCAAGAAAUCUGAAGAAAUUCAGCAUUCUGUACAACCCUUCCCCGUAUCUAUGUUGGAUGCCACAAUUCUCGUCCAGCGGCCAGGCUCCCGAGAACUUCCUAUAUUUGAUGAUUCGCUCGCGUCGAUGUUUCAGUACAUCUCGGUGGAGAAGUUUUUGCGGUUGUUCGCUUGUUUUUUACUGGAGCACCAGAUCCUGUUGUGUUCAAAAGAGUAUUCUCGCUUGAUGUGCGUCAGUGAAUCACUGUGUGCACUGGCUUUUCCGUUCCGAUGGCAGAUGGUUUACGUGCCUAUACUGCCUUACUCACAACUGAAGUUCGUCGAAGCACCUGUACCGUACGUAAUGGGUUGGUGUUAUGAGGAGAGCGUUCCGGAGUUUCUCUUUCAAUCCAAUGUGUGUGUGCUUGACAUCGACACGGGACGCACCGAAUUUCCCGAGGACCUUCCCUCAUUUCCUGGAGCGAAGCAGUUGUGUCAAGAAAUUAAGGCAGCUAUAGAAAGGUACUCGACGUGGGAUGAUAUGUCGAAAUCAGUUAUUAGCGGCACAACACCGUCUGGUUCUCCGGCAGUGACGAAUCGUAGUAGAAACAUUCGUCGAACCGAGGAAUGGUCAGCGAAACGAAUGAGCCGCUCAUUCGACAGGGACGAUGCCAUAGAUGAUAUUAUUAGUGAGUCUGUCCUCCUUUCACCGCGUCCGUCUCGAGCUGAUCUGACACCAUUGCCUUUGGAAGGUGUACUGAAGAACAAUUCUACUGUUGCGAGAGUAGCAGAGAUUGCUCGGCGUGCUGGUGUCCUUAUCGAUGUCCAGGACUUGGAGCAGGAGUUGUCGUGCAAAGAUCAAUAUGCGAAUUCUCCUGUUUGUAAACAGUAUUUCCAGAAUGCUCGACUCAAUAACGCUAUUCGUGAAUGCGUGUUGAAUCGGAUCGUGUGUAUGCUGUAUUCUUAUGAACACUUUGUCGUUGGUGGUCAAGGGUGCGCAGAUAGAGAAGCAUUCGACGACAGCAGGGAUAGCCUUGUAUGCUUCGACAAAGCUUCGUUCUUAUCUGACCAGCCUGACAGCCAUUUAGCAUUCCUUGCUGCGUUCCUGGAAACACAGAUGUUUACCUCAUUGAUUGAUGCAAAGAUUCUCUCGCAAUGGGAAGCUCCUGAUGAGAAUCUUGUUCUUUUUGAUUCUCGUAUAGCAGCUAUGCGUGAGAAACUUGGACUUUCUAUGGUUCGUACGCCUACGUACGAGUCGACGCCUCCAUUUGCUCACACAGAGGAGUUGAUCUCCAAACGGGAGGAGACGCUGGACUACGUAGUGCCAGGUCCUCAUGAACUGGCAGGAGCUGUACCUAUGAGAUAUGACGGUGUUUGGCCAGAACAGAUCAACACGGCUUUACUCGAAGGCGCCAUGGGACUCAGUCCAGCGCCUAGCCCGUGGAAACAGCGUUAUCCUCGGUUGAGGCCCAAACAACAAGAGGCAGCGGGAGCAACUGGACGCCCAAGUAGCACAUAUGGUGGGGCUGGCUUAGUCGGCGAUUCACCGGCUUUGGUGGCCCAACAACAGCUAAAGUUCGUGGACCAGUUGUUGCGUGAAACGAAAGGGAAGACAAAGCGCAUGCUCGUCGACAAAAUGGGAAAGGAAGCCGUGCAGCUGGGUCACCUAGAUGCUGGUAUAACAGGUGUUGAGGAAAAUACCCUAGUUGCAUCGUUCUGUGACCUACUGGAGAGGAUUUGGGCACACGGCUUGGUGAAGAAACAGGGAAAAUCUUCGCUCUGGAGUUUUGUUCUACAACAUCAAGAUCUGGAGAAGGCCUGUCUGUCAACACGAACCAUGUCAUCUUCCAUGCUUACUCCAGGCGACGGCCCACGAGGUGCAGUGAGGAGAACACCGUCAUUACCAUAUUGCGAGGUACCUGCACCGGUGAUACUGCAACCGACGAAUGAAAAUGACUUUGCGGGAGCUUUAUCGGAGAUCGUGGAGUCUAUUCAACGCGAGCUCGGCAAAGGUGAUGACGAGAAUGCACCAGCGUGGUCGCGUUCGAUCUUACGUGCCGCCAAUUUUCUCGCUGACAAGUUGGCCAAUGCACCAAAAGAAGAGCCUAGAGGUGCGCUUUCCACAGCUUUCACACAAAAGCCACCAGCAAAGCCACCAGCAUAUCCACAAUCGAUGAUGAAGAAAUCAAGUUCCGUCGGCGACUUCACAAACUCGAGUUGGAACAGUGAGAUAGGAGCCAAUCCUGAGAUUACUGGUUCUCCUCGGAGACGCUCUCAAAGUCGACCGCGUAGUCCUGAGAUGGGCACUCGUGUGGUGUUAGCUCCCCUUCCGACACACGUUGCUUAUGAUUUGAAGAAUGUUUUACGAAUGACGGAAAUCAAAACGGAUAUUGGAUAUGCGCGUGCAUUUGUUCGUCUUGCUCUGGAGAGAAAACUGCUUCAUCGACAUCUCGCUACACUUUUGGGAAACAGUAGGCUAUUAAGUGAACUCUACAAGCAGUACGCUUUCGUUCGAUGUGAAGAUGAGCGUGAACAGUUCCUCUAUCAUAUAUUAUCUCUCAACGCUGCUCAAUUUCGCUGCUUCACCAACACUUUCACCAAGACGAAAAUGGACUAUCAGGUCGUGAUAGUGACAGGUGGAUGGAGAGGGUCACUGCCAGCAGUAUGGGUCACAGUUGGAGGAAGUCUGUGCAGUAGUCCUCAAAUCAACCUGCCGGCUAACACCCCGCUGUUUAAGUUUGAUCACAAAAAUCUCGGAGUCUUGUCUACCCUUCGGAUAGGUCACGCACCCGGCUCUGAGAAACCUCCGAAAUGGUACCUGGAGUGUGUAAUUGUACGCAACGAAAUAACCGGACAGAUGUACCGAUUUCCAUGUGGGCGAUGGUUUGGGCAAGGUGUUGAGGACAACCGUUGGUUUGGUAACGGCUGCGACGUCAGCUUGGAAAGGUUGCUAGUUGCGGAACCAGUAUAUGAGGAGGAUUCUGGAGACUCAGCGUUCAGCACUGUGCCAAAUUCCCCGGCCAGGAGUGCUAGGCGAGGACGAGUUUCUUCACGGAGUCAGACGCCGCAGCGCGAACGCAGUCCUUCACAAAGCCGUGGACAUGAUUCAACGCCUAAUCGCAAGACGCGAAUAACGGAAAUACAGCAACUACUGGGAGAGGCUGUCAAUUCCCUUGUGAAAUACUUUUAUAGUGAGAAACACUCAAAGAGCGAAUUGGCGCACCUGUUGUGUGGCGAGCGUGGUUUAGUGAACGCUAUAGAACAAGCAUUCCAAUUCGGUCGACAUGGGUCCGUUUGGUUGUUUCGCCAGCCUUCACCUUGGGAUUAUGUUGGCCACGUGAGGAAAUCAGUCUCAAAUCCGUUCAAAGAACCGGGAAAGAUUUGA